CGCAUAUCACAAAGAUAAAUAUUUUAAAGAGUAAUAGUUUUAAUGUUGACCCAAAAGUGAAAGUAAUCUUAUUUCAUUCUUUUCAUAGGUUUAUUAUUUACAAUAGCAUAUGGUCGAUGAACUUGCAUAAAAUAGAGGGGUCGUCGAAUAGAUUAUUUAUGUUUAAACUUUUUUGAUGACGCUAAUGUUUCAAUUUGCAUGGCUUUCUUUUUUUGAGUUUGCGGUAAUUGUGGUUCUCCUUUAUGAUUAUUUUUGUACUGAUUGCAGGUUUGAGGAGGUUCAACUCGCAUUGAUCAGGUCAAAUUAGGUUGGAUACCAAUGGAUUUGUGCAAAAAGCCACAGGCAAAAACCUAGCGAACAAUAACUAAACACAAAGGGGAUGAUUUGUGCAAAAAGUUAUAGACGAAAACCUAAUGAACAAUAACAAAACCCAAAGACGAUGAUUUGUGCAAAAAGCCAUAGACAAAAACCUAUCAAACAAUAACUAAACACAAAGAUUGUAGAAUGGAGAGUCUGGUAAAAGAAGGACUUGGAAUUUUCCCACUUGCACUUGGAGGAGUGUGAGAGCCACUAAUGAAUAAUAACUCUAAUGAUAUGCUUUUAUAUUUAAAAUUAACUAGCAAAAGCUCGCUAUCGCUUCGCGUAUUAGGAAAAUAAAUAUUUUAAAGAGUUAUAGUUUUAAUGUUGACUCAAAAGUGAAAGUAAUAUUAUUUCAUUCUUAAUCAUUCUUUUCAUAGGUUUGUUAUUUACAAUAGCAUAUGGUCGAUGAACUUGCAUAAGGUAGAAGGGUCGUCGUAUAGAUUAUUUAUGUUUAGGGUUAAUAUAUUUCUCUAGCCCGAACUUUCCACAAAUUUAAUAUCCUGGCCAAUUCUUUAGGUAAUUAAUAUCGAGGCCUGAACUUAUCAUAUACUUUACUAAUUUGGCCAAUCUCGACUGUUGACCGUUAGUUCUGACGGUCAAGCUCGUUGACUAACGGUCAACCCGCCAUGUCAUCACCAACUAAGCAUCUUUUAACCUAAAAUAAUCUGAUUUUCCACAUAAUCCCAUUUAACUUUUCAUUUUAACCGAAAUUAAAAUUAAAAAUAAAUAAAAACCUUAUCGGGACCCUUUCUAUUUCCUACCAUUUCACCAUAGCCACUUAUUUUCGAAAACCUUCCCCUCCGACGAACCCAUUCCAUCCAUCCUUCGAUGAAGUCACAACGGCGGCCGGUCUUGUAACGUCGCCGCCGCAGUCGAUUCCGUACCCCCCUCAAACUCCGAUUCAGUUCCCUUCCACUCCCUGAACCCAUUUGAAGAUUUCGAGUUGUCGUUGUCGCCCCCAGUUCUUGUUUCUGUCGAUCGAGACAAGGUGGGUGAAAGCGAUGACGACGGGGCCACACAAGCAAGGGACCACAACGCCUAGAUCGUGUUGGUAACACCAACGUAAGCAAUCCCUUUCUCUUUCCUCCUUUUAUAAUUUAAUCCAGUAUGCAGACAAAGAUUAGGGUUUUGGUAUUAAAGUAAUCCUUUCGACAUGGCUUUUUAGGUUCAGUUGGAAAAAUUGGGAUUAAAUUACACUCGUGCUUUGUCUUUUUAGGGUUCGGUGAGUGAAGUAAGGAUUAAAGUAAUGGACUUGUGUUUGUCUUUGUUAGGAUGGACGAGAAGAUUAAUCUUAUUUUCCAUCACGGCGCUAUGGAUAUGUCGACAGAUAUACCACGAUACGUUGGGAGAACUGUCGACUUUGUGAAAGUUCAUCCUAAUGUGUUGUCCUAUUUCGUGUUGACAAAGAUUUUGAUUGAAGAUUUGGAGUAUCUUUCGGUUGAGAGAAUUCGGUACUUGACCCCUGGGGAAAACAUGGCUACCGGGUUAAACAAGAUCUUAUCGGAUAUUGAGGUUGUAAAUGGAUUGCUUCAAGUGGCUGCCAACGGAGAGGUAUGGGUUUACUUUGAGGCAACCAAGGAUCUUGGAGAGCUGGGUUGGAUGGGAGACAAUUAUGGGCAUGAUCUUGAAGGCUCGGAUGAUUCUGGACAGAAUUCAGGGGUUCCAGAAUUUGUGCGCUUAGAUGAAGAUGAGGAUGCUCAGGCAUCAGACGAGGAGUAUCAUGCAAUUAGGGCCGAGAUUUGAAGAAAGAGGCAGGCAUUUAGAGCCGAGUUUGAUGGUUCUGGAGAUGAGGUACCAGUUAUUUGAAAGUGAUGAAGAUAGUGCUACGGUUAGAGUUGGCGAGGCUAGUAAGACUGUGGAGUUGGAUGGCAAUGGGUUUCAAAGGAAUGUAGAUGAAGAAGUGAAUGUUGAAGGAUCGAUUGAGACAGAGUACAGGGGCUCAGAAUAUUCUGCUCAUGUUAGAGGGAACAUUGCCGGAUGAAGGUGCUGCAAGUGUUGACAGUAUCCUGUUUUAUGAUCCCAAUUGUGAUCAUAAAACUCUGAAGUUUAAAGCACACAUGCGAUUUAACUCACCCAAUCAGUUUAAAGUUGCUGUUGUGCGAAAUGCAAUUCUGAUAGGUGCUGACAUCAGAUGGGCGAGGAGCAGUGAAACAAGGAAGGAAGCGGUUUGUGCCCAAAGGGAAGAGCAUUCUUGCAUGUGGAGUGUCUACGAGACUACGAUAGUUGGUUUAGAGGGCGUGAAGCAUUCACUGUUAAAGGUGUUGGACUAGACCAUAGUUGCCCUCGUUCGAUUCGGAUUCGUGCGGCUGGUUACAAGUGGAUAGCAGCUGAAUACCUCGAGGCCUUUAGGGAAAAUCAAUCAUGGAAUGUUAACUUGAUAGCGGAUGAAGUGAAGAGAAAAUUCAACGUCAUUGUGUCCAACCAAACAUGUUACAAGGCGAGGUUGGAAGCACGACGUAUGCUUUAUGGCUCACUUAAAGAGGAUUUUUACAAGCUUAGGGACUAUGUCCUGGCCUUCUUUUCUGCUCUACGGACACACCCCUCCAACACUUCCAUAUCACCUAGCUUCAACUUCAGCUCAUAGUUCUCCUCCAUUAAUCCAUCGACAACCGAGUCACUUUCAGUUUCGGGUUUCUGAUCAACCCAUCGGAAGAAGCGACAGUUCUUACUAUGAUCCUGCAGAGGAUAAAUGCCCACCAAUUCAUCAUCUCUUCUGGCGCGUCACUUGCUCAAUAGGGUAGCAAAGAGGAAUGAGUGCAUACCUUCCAAAAUGAACAAGAGUAAAACAUUCUUUCCGGAUUUUUGCUUGUGCGAGAGAUAUUCACCACGCACGGAGCUUUGUCCACUUUACAACGAAUCGUGGUUGUGUUAGUCGAUCAGGAAGAUGUGGAACCCUCACCGGCGAUUUUCCGCUUUUCCUCGACAUGCCUGCUUCAAUGUCUUGGGGGUCAGAGAUGGUACGGCAGCGAUAGAUAUGGCACAACGGCGAAAAAGACGGGCCGUCGACGACGCAAAGGAACCGGCCGCCUCUGCAAUUUCCACGGCGAUGCUAGAUGUCGGGGACGAACUGGAGAGUAAAGGUAGGGGACGAACUGGAGAGUAGAGGGAAUUAGGGUAUUCGAAUUUGGGGGUGGGGCAAUUGUUCUGCGAUUUAAGAGAGAGUGUUUUUUAUUUAUUUUUUAUUUUGGUUAAAAUGAAAAGUUAAAUGGGAU